AAAAUGACCAAUACAACCAAUGAAGAAAUAAACGAUACAAAUCAAGAUAUAUAUAAAAAUAAUAGCAGCACAAAUAUAAAUGACGUUUAUGUCAGGAAACCAGAGGAUGUUGUUUUUAAUAAUAUAAAAUAUCCAUUAGACGACCCACCAUUAAAAUUUGAAGUUAUUGCAAGAUUUGGUAAAGCAAGAGCAAGCAAACUUACAUUGCCACACCAUUGUUGCACCACACCAAUGUUUAUGCCGGUAGGCACACAAGGAACAGUCAAGGGUUUAACAUCACAACAAUUGGUUGAUUUAAAUUGUGGUGUAGUUUUAGGAAAUACAUAUCAUUUAGGACACAGACCAGGACCAGAGGUUAUGGAUGCAGUUGGUGGAUUACACAAAUUUAUGAAUUACCCACGUGCAAUGUUAACCGAUAGUGGUGGUUUUCAAAUGGUAUCAUUAUUACAAUUAGCAGAGAUUACAGAGCAAGGUGUUCAAUUUCAAUCUCCACAUGAUGGAUCAACUAUGAUUUUAACACCAGAGUUAUCAAUGCAAAUUCAAAAUUCAAUUGGUGCCGAUAUUAUGAUGGCUUUAGAUGAUGUUGUUAGCAGUACAACCGUUGGUCCACGUGUUGAAGAGGCUAUGUACAGAACUUUACGUUGGAUUGACCGUUGUAUUCAAGCUCAUAAAAAACCAGAAUCACAAAAUAUUUUUGCAAUUGUUCAAGGUGGUCUUGAUAGCAGACUUCGUACUAUUUGUAUGGAGGGUUUAAUACAAAGAAAUUUCCCAGGUUAUGCUAUUGGUGGUUUAAGUGGUGGUGAAUCAAAAGAUAUGUUUUGGCGUGUAGUUCAUCAAUGUACAUCGCAAUUACCAGAUAAUAAACCACGUUAUCUUAUGGGUGUAGGUUAUGCUUUGGAUUUGGUUGUUUGUUCAGCUUUAGGUGUCGAUAUGUUUGAUUGUGUUUUUCCAUCAAGAACUGCAAGAUUUGGUUCUGCAUUGGUUCCAUCUGGUUCUCUUAAUCUUAAAUCAUCAGAAUAUGCUUACGAUUUUACUCCAAUCGAUUCAGAAUGUCCUUGUAUGGUCUGUAAAAACUAUACCAGGGCUUAUCUUCAUAUAGUAGCUGGUAAAGAGGCAAUUGGCGGUCAAUUAAUAACUUAUCACAAUAUUCAAUAUCAAAUGUCAUUAAUGAAUCAAAUUCGUGAAGCAAUUAUAAAUCAAAAUUUCCCCGAGUUUGUAAAAUCAUUUAUUAAAAAACAAUAUCCAAACAGCGAUUGUCCACAAUGGGCUAUAGACGCUUUAGCCGCUGUUGAUAUAACCGAUAUUUAUAAAUAAACUUAAUAAAUUGUAAAAACAAAAUAAAAACC